AUGCAAAAAAAUUCGACGCAUUUUAAUCAUUCCCAAAUAGCUCAGACUGAACUGCAUAAAAUACAAAAGGAACAACUCAACCAAGAAUGUUUGAGUGUAAUACAGGAGUGUAGUACGCGGUUGAACAGUACAUUUUAUAUGUUGGAAAGAAUGAUUAGAAUACAGGAUUCUCUAUGCCUGUACGUGUGUAAACACAACAUCUCUCAGUUGUCUCCUGAAGAGUGGCUGCAGCUUAAAAAAAUAGUGACUAUACUUCAACCUUUUGAAGAAAUUACCCGAAAUAUGAGGGACAAUAACACCAGUAUCUCAUCAGUAAUUCCACUUAUACAUACACUAAAGUAUAUAUUACACACUGAAGGCAGUAAACAAGACACAAAUGAAAAAUUUAAAAGUAUAAUAAAAUGUACCGUCGAUCAUUUAAAUUCCAAAUUUGGUGACCUUCAAUCAAACAAUUUCUUUGCAAUAGCAACAUAUCUAGAUCCUCGCUAUAAAACAAAAAAUUUUAAUGAAGUGGUUAAAGAGAAGAUUGAAACAGAAAUAAUGUCACUAUUUGAUGCAGAUACAUCUAAAACGAUGCUGAUAAUAUUGCCGUUCCUGUAG